CAUACAGAUUAUUAAUCUGUACAUCUUGACUCUUCUCAACUUUCAAGGAAAUGGAAAUCUAAUCUAAAUCUAUUGUAAAGCUACUUUGAUGUAGCAUUUGAUUUUUUACCAUAUCUGCUGCUUUUAUCUGAGAGAUCAAUAUCACGACGUUCAGUAGACGACUUUUCAUCUUUGAUUAAACAUGGAAACAUCGAGUUCGGUUGUCCAGAAAAAGAUUGACAUAGAGUCACCUCGUUAUGAUCAAAGUACCUAUUUGGGAAGAGCCAAACAUUUUUUCGUCGUAACUAAUCCAUUGAAUCUAUUUAAGUCUCCUGAUGAAAUUAAGCGAGCAAAGGAAAUUGUUGAAAACUACAGGAAGGGUCAUGAUGUAGGCCCUAUUACUGAAGAUCAACUAUGGUACUACAAAUAUCUUUAUGAUAGUGCUCAUCAUCCAGAAACUGGAGAGAAGCAAAUCUUAAUUGGACGGAUGUCAGCUCAAGUACCAAUGAACAUGUUCAUUACUGGAUGUAUGUUAACAUUCUACAAGAGCACUCGUCAAGUUGUCUUUUGGCAGUGGUUUAACCAGUCUUUCAACGCUGUUGUAAAUUACACCAAUAGAAGCGGAACUUCAGACAUACCACUUUCGCAACUGGGUACAUCUUACGUUUUUGCAACCAGUGGCGCACUUGUUACUGCCUUAGGUCUUAAUAGUUUAGUGAAAAAAGCUCCAGCUCUAGUUGGCCGAUUUGUACCUUUUUGUGCAGUCGCUGCAGCCAAUUGUGUUAACAUUCCCAUGAUGCGAUCAAAAGAGCUUAAAGAAGGUAUCGCAUUGUAUGAUGAGAAUAAUAAUCUCGUUGGCGAAUCUAAAGUGGCAGCUAAAAAGGCUAUCUCUCAAGUAACUUUUUCGAGAAUUGCAAUGGCUGUUCCUGGAAUGACCUUACCGCCAAUUUUCAUGAAUUAUUUGGAGAAACGAGGAGUUUUAAAAAGAAUGCCAUGGAUUAAUGCUCCUUUGCAAGUUGCAAUAUGUGGUUUCUUUCUAAUAUUUACAACUCCUUUGUGUUGUGCACUUUUCCCGCAAAAAAGCUCAAUAACUUUGGAUCAGGUUGAACCCGAACUUCAACAGAAACUCAAGGAACACAAGAGUCCACCGCAAAUAUUGUAUUACAAUAAAGGACUAUAAGGACAAUUGAGUUGGCCUGAAAUUCAAAACACAAACAAAAAACCAAGACCAAUUGUUGUCUAUCAUUCACACUAACUAAGAAAUGGCAAGGGAGGGAAUAGCUAUGAGACCAAUGUUCAUAAGAGACUGUGAUUUAGUUAAUUUUAAAUUAAUUUUUCCCUUGAUUUUUGAUCAACUGUCCUUAGACAGUUUUUGUCUUAUGAUUAAUAACGCAACUCAAUUCUUUUGAGAAUAGAUUUUUCGUUUUCAUUUCUCCAUUUUAUCUUUGAAUGUAUCUUUAUUUUCAUUUGCCAAGAUCUGUUCAAAAUAAGUGGCUAGUUCAGUCUUCUUUCCAUUGUUCUUGCAUCGUUAUUUACAUUUAACCGAUAUCUUGUUAUUGAUUUUUUCAGUGUUCCUUUUUCAAAAUACUAAUUUUAAAGCAUAUCAAAUUUGUUGGAUGCAAUGUUUAAGUGAUCAAAGAUCCAUUUAUAAUUAGAUUCUGUUUUCCAGUUGAAAUAUGUAUUUGUUCAGGGCUGUGUUAUCUAUUGUAACAAUUUAACUUGUUGAUUCAUUCAAUCGUCUUUCAUUGGUGUUUAACUCAACCAACAAAACUAUUAUUCCUGUUAAUAUAAUAAAAAGGAGAAUACAAGAGUCCAUUGCAAUAAUGUAUUACAAUAAAGGACUAAGAUUUUUCCAUUUA